UAUCAGUUGAACAUGCAUGCUUCUCGCUGUCGCCAAUAGGGCAAUGAAUAGGCUAUACAUCGACAUCAAUGGAAGCCUGAUAAAUAGUUUGACCACCCUUUAUCAGCAGAAAAAGAAAGGGACAGUAUUUCUCUGGACCAUAUAGCCUACACCUGGCAUUUUUUUCUUCUCAAACAAGAGCAGAUACAGUAGGUGACUCUGUUCCCUAUGACAGUGUUCUUCAGUGUUACCUCAGUUCCAGGAGUCCCAGCAGGACAUGGACGGGAAGUCAAGGCGUUCAGAACAUCACCAACAGCCCAUGACACCGAGACAGUUUCAGGACUGGCGGAAUAGUCUAGGCAAGAUUUCAGCACCAGACCAGGAUAGACUGAACCUGCAAGGUCUUGACCAAGGUCCAGCACAAGACAAGGAAACACUGCCAGGUCUUGACCAGGGUCCAGCACAAGACAAGAAAAUACUGCCAGGUCUUGACCAGGGUCCAGCACAAGACAAGGAAACACUGCCAGGUCAUGACCAGGGUCCAGCACAAAAUAAGGAAACGCUGCCAGGUCAUGACCAGGGUCCAGCACAAGACAAGGAAACACUGCCUGGUCUAGAACAGGGUCUAUCAAAAGACAAGGAGAGACCGCAAGGUCUAGACCAGGGUCCAGCACAAGACAAGGAAACACUGCAUGGUUUUAAACAGGGACCAGCACAAGACCAGGCGAGUCGGAAUUACUUCCAUCAAGUCCAGGAUCAGGGUCGUUCACUAGGCUCCAAUAAAUGCACAACAGAAGAACAGGAUCCUUCCAUAAAGGUCUCAGUCCAGGAUGAGGAUCCACCAGGGAACCAGGACUAUCAAUGUAAUUUAGACCUGGAGCAAUGCACAGCUCAUAGCGCAGAACAGGGUGAAAACAGGCUGAGUGGUGUGAACCAGGAUCCAGUAUAUUUUGGUCCCACACAAGACCACAGCAGCCCUCAUGACAUCCCCAUUCUGGUAUCAGCUAGGAACCAGAACCAAACACAGGACUCAAUCCAUGAUCUAGCUGGUGGAAUGGAUCUACCACACUGCACAGAUCCAAAUCCAACCCCAAAACAGGACCAAGAGAAGCUGCUUGGGACAGACCAGGAGCAGGCCCUAGUGGACCCAGACAGACGAGUUAACCCAAACCAUGACCACACCACAGAUGAGGCUUGUGGGGAAGAUGCGGCAGGGGAACAAGGCGCCUGUAUCCCAGCGGUGGUGAUCACUCAGACAGAAGGGAGCCGGGGGCCAGUGGUGAAUCAAGGUGGAGAGACAGCGCCAGAGGUAACGGAGAGAGUGGAGGCUGGACCACUGUGUCCACAGACACCAGCAGAGAGGCCAGAGAUACCAACAGGACCAGAGAGACCACAAGAACUAGCAAUCGCAGCCAUGAUUCCAGUGACCACUUUAGACCUCAGCCCCAGCCCUCUCAGUGCAGACCUCAGUCCCAGCCUCAUUGAAGGGGGGGACCUACUGGCCUGCUGUGAUCUGCUGUCCCUGAAGAGUGACACUGUGUCCCUGGCCAGGAGCGAGGGAUAUGUCCAGGAAGAAGAUACAAGAAGUGUGGCUGCAUCCUCUGUCAUGUCUGUGUUCCCCAGGAUUCAGUUGGAUCCUCUGGAGAAGGACUGGCUACGAUCCUGUGCCCUGGGGAACACAGCUGCUCUCCGACAGCUCCUCACACAGGACCCCAGCCUGGCCUCAAAGAAGGACUUCAUCACUGUAAGUAGUUUCCAGUAUUUCUCCUACCAUCCUCCCUUCCUCUUUUCCUGGCCCUAACCUAAUCUGUUAUGUUGGUGAUUCACAUAGAAAAGUAGUCCAGAUACAAUAGCUUUGUUUUUUUGUUUUAUUUCUGCAGUUUGAUGUUUUACCAAAACAAAUACAUAGUUUCUUCUUGAAUAGUCAGUACUAUGCCAAACUGUACAGAUGAAGAGGAAACAUAGUGUGACGUCAACAUGUUAAGUGUAUAUCCUCUACUCUUCAAAUGGCCUCCAUGAUUUACCCCGUGUGUAAUGGGGGAAACAGGCGGUGGACUCAAAUGACACAGGUUUCAAUUCUUCAGACCCCCACCUAAUAUACUGCACUACUCUCUCCAGUGUGCAUCGACAGCCCCUCUCCUCCACCUAUUGGCUAACACGUCUGUAUUCAUUUCUAUCUGACCGGUCCGCUGGCUGGUUAAACCAAUCCCUUCCUUCCCACUGAAGCUCUGGCGUUUGAGUGGGAGCACUUACAAAACAAUGGUCUAAAGGAAAUCAGACGCUUCAGCUACAACAAACAAGCAGUUAGUAAACUUCUUAGCAUGACGAAAUGAGGGAGGAUGGAGAGAUGUAGGGACAGAGAGAUGGAGGGAGAGAGACUCCCCACCUUUAUCAGAGGGGCAGGAGAGCCAGAUUAGAGAAGAACAUGUGACAAAAAAAGGACAGGUUAUCCCCCUUUCCAAAACCUAUGAUUCUAUCCAAGAUUUAAGGUGGAAGGUGUUAAAAAAAUCUCAACAACCAGCUGUUGUGAACCAUGAUAGGUUGAAUUUUGUAAAUGAUUCAAAUGAUCAAAUAAUACAUUAUUGACUAAUUCUGCAGACAAAACUGAACAAUAUUAAUAUUAUUACUCCUAUAGGAAUGACGUCUUAUACUCUAACAAGAACCAUAAUAUUCAAUAUUCUCUUUCUCCUAUGAACUGUACUGCCCGAUGGCCGUUCUACAACUGUUUUGUGUUAACCUUGCUGCUGGAAACCAAGGGGGUGAGUAGUGGUAUUUUUACGUUGUCCAUGUGCCUCCUUUCUGUACUGAUCAAACAUGUUGCUGUUGGCUUACAGCUAAAACAAAACAUCCCCAAACUUUUAUUUCAAUUAGCUAAGCAUUGACAAUUCAUAGUGCUCUUUCAUAGUGCUCCGGCAGUGUCAAAGAUUGGACAAAGGUUGGAUGUCUCGCUGUUCUUUAAAACAGGAAGAACAUUUAUUCAGAAGUCUACUAAAUGGGAUUCACACCAACAUCCAAUUUCUGACAUGUAUCAACUUUUAAAGUAUGACCCAGGUGCAGACAGUGUUGAAGAAACUGAAGUUUAUUCUUUAAACAGGGGCAGACAAAUGACAGGUCAAGGCAGGCAGGGGUCAAGGCAGGCAGAACAGUCAGAACCGGGAAACUAGAAAACAGGAGUAAGGAACAGGCGGGAGCAGGGAAACAAAACGCUGGUAGGUUCUACAAACAAACAACCUGGCAACAGACAAACAGAGAACACAGGUAUAAAUACACAGGGGAUAAUGGGGAAGAUAGGUGACACCUGGAGGGGAGUGGAGACAAGCACAAAGAAAGGUGAAACAAAUCAGGGCGUGACAGCAUAUGUUUAUCUACAAAACAAACAAAAAGCUGAAAUUGUUUUGCAAGGCACACAAACACACCCUCCAUACAUUCUGACAUGCCUUGGUUCUCCCUAUCACCCUACAGUCACACACACACACACACACACACACACACACACACACACACACACACACACACACACACACACUGUACUGUCCUACAUACACAAUGUAUUUUUUCAGCCAAGACAGGGCUGGUUAUUUUUUAUCAAGCCUUUCUUCAGGCGUCUGAGGUUUUGUUUAGUAUUACGGUCAGUCAGUGUAAUGGGCCAGAGAAUCCAAAUGACUGUAUCCACUGAGUUUAGCUCACUCUGUAGUCAUGGGCUAGGUCCCAAAUGACACCUUAUUCCCUAUAUAAUGCACUACUUUUCAUCCGGGCCCAUAGAGCUACUUAAGAGACUAGGGUGCCAUUUGGGAUGCAGACAUGACGCCGGAGCCCAGAUGAUCAUGGUGUGUAAUGAUAUUGUAAUUGAAUGGUAAUUAAUAGUUGAAAAAACACACAGCUUUCACUGCCUGAAGGGAGAUUUAUACCACUAUACUGUCCUCACCAGAUGAGAGCUACUGAUCGUUUUUUCGUAGAAUGAAACAAUUCCAUGAAUUUUGCGGUGUUUUUUUUUUUUCAUGUAGGUUUUUUGUUUGAACAUUUUGUGUGUUUAAACAGAGCAUUUCACUGCCACUGUCAUUUGUACAGAAAUUCAGCAGUACUUUGGUUUAGUUGAACCCCAACCAAUACUUUCUCUCUAACUGGCUCCACACCAGUAUGCUACAACACAAAGGCAUUAUUUCACUUGCUAUGAAAACUUUGUUGAGGUAUGUCUGUUGAGAAUGUUUCAACCAGCAGAGCAUAUGGUAGCCUAUUGCCGCAGUCCGGCUUUGAAAGGCAACUGCUGAAGCCAGAGCAGGAAUUUCACACAGCGUUGAGUGAGACUGCAUAAACAAGCGCUAAGCUGUCUAUUGCAAGGCUCCAAAGCAAAAGACCUCGUCCAUAUGGCCUCUCCUAAAACUCUCCCUCCUUCAGUCAGUU